AUGGGUCCUGAGGGUAUAUUUGGGAAAUGGAAGAAAAACGUGAUCUUGCAGAUGAGAUCGUGUGCUUACUAUCCCAAAUAUGGAUUUGGGGCUUUUGGAGUGUUCCCUUUACUGUUGAAGAAAAGUGUUGACAAGGUUAAUCAAUUCUACAGAGAAAGCUCCCUAGAUUAUGGUCAGAUGGGGUUGAGAUAUGGUUCUGGAAAUGUAUCUUUUGGAGUCACACUUAUGCCUUUUGCCAUGAAAGAUGAAUUACCAAAACGUGCAUGGCUGGUAAGCAAGAUGGGAAGGUUGACUGCUGGGGUGCAGUAUGAACCUCAACACGGAAAUGCCAAACUUUCAAAUUUAAUGAACUGGAGCUGUGCCAUGGGCUAUGGUGUUGGAUCGGGCAGUCCACUGUGUCCAUCUUUCAAUUUCAACCUUGAGCUUGUCAAAAGCUCUCAGUUUAUCGCCUCAUUCUAUCAACACAUGGUUGUUCAGAGACGGGUGAAGAACCCCCUUGAAGAGAAUUCCGUUGUUGGAAUUACAAACUACAUUGAUUUUGGGUUUGAGUUACUAGCAAGUGUUGAUGACGCCAUAGCAGCAAAAAAUAUCUCAGACUCCACUUUUCAAAUAGGUGCAUCCUGGCAGGCUAAUAAAAACUUCUUGCUGAAGGCUAAGGUUGGACCUCGUAGCUCAUCAAUGGCAGUUGCAUUCAAAUCAUGGUGGAAACCUUCUUUCACUUGCAGCAUUUCAGCCACUAGAGAUCGUGCUGAUGGCAAAAUACAAUACGGAUUUGGCAUCCAAAGUGAGAGUCUCAGAGAAGCCAGUUAUCAAAGAGCUGAUCCCAAUUUUGUGAUGCUCACGCCAAGCAAGGAGCACUUAGCAGAGGGCAUUGUCUGGGACACAGGAAAGCGACCUAUGCUGCAAUCUGACAUAGACGCUGGACAUUUUGAUGGCUUACCCAGAGAAUUACGACCCCUUGAUAAAAUAUUGUAA